AUGGCCACCCCGUCAUCCAAGAAUCCCGGCGCAACGCCCACCCAUCUCACCUCGUCCCCUCGCCCCUCAGGACCCAUGACCCGACCGAUUUCCCAUAAGUCGCCGUCAGCGCGCACUCCGUCCGUUUCGGGCCCCGCACACGGCAACAACCAGCCAGCCGUCUCGCACCAGUACGCCACGCCUCUCGCAGCGACCGCCGGGCCCGAAGACCCCGUCGCGUUCAGCUCCCCGUCGGCUCUUCUCGCGCUCGGUGGUUACAGCGGGAUCAGUCCGUCUCCGGCCGUUCACGACGGGCUGGUAGCGUCGGGGAUGAACGAGAGCGACAUCCAAGCGCUGGGCAUGCAGGGGCUGAAGCUCGGCACGGCGCGAGACAGCGACGAGGAGCGACGACGACAUCUCGACGACGUGGUGCAGCUUCUGCGGACCCGCGUGGCAGGCCGGGGCGUGUGCCGGGAAGGCAUCGAGCGGCUCGGUGAGCUGGAAGGGUUCGAGUCGAUCUGGCAGGAGGAUAAUCUGAACAUUGCGGGGAAUUUCGUGGACCUGGAGAUUGAUUUUCAUCGCGGCCGGAAUACCGUGAAGGAUGUAAGCUUGAAGUAUGCGACGCCGGACGCGCCGGACGGGGAGCGCAGGGAAGAGGCCACGGCGGUUCUGAAGCGCGAUUUGAUCCAGCCGCCGGAGGAGGGGGAGAAGGGGGUCUGGAAGUCGUUAGCGGGGUUUCAUGAGAAUCUGCAGUGGCUGGCCAGACAUGAUCGGUUGAGCCAAGAGGUGAAUUGUUUCGAGGCUAUUGAAGGUUUGCAUCAGAGUUAUAAGCGGGUGUGGGAUGAGGAGGAGGCCCGUGGCAAGUUCUCUGGGGUCUAUGAUCAUCUCUGCCGGGGCUUGGUAGGUCGCCCGUGUCUACAUCAGGAAGGGCGCGUGGGCCUGAAUAUGAAUUACUGGGUGCAGCAGGCCCAGGUUCAGGAUGCGAAGCGCAAGAAGAAGUCUGCUGAUGAGAUGGCGGUUGACCAACCAUCUGCGCAAUCGGAUGAAGAGCCAACGGAUCAGAAUGGCCGGUGGAAUAUCAUCGUCGAGUGCGAAGAGGGGUAUCCUUCCUUGCGCGUGUCGAAGGAGUGGAUAGGUCCCGAGGCCUUGAUCGUGAUGAACAACGGGAACGAUCCGUCGGCCUCAAACGAUGCCUCCGAGUCUGAAACGGUGGUCGUGAACUGGACCGAGCCGCCAGUCACCAUGUCACAAAACCACUCCGAUGCAAUGGCUCUGGAUUCUGGCAUGCUAGGCUCCCAACCCAACCGUCGCUUCGUUGCUCGAUUGGAGCCACCGCUCGAUUUGCCGAUCCUCCCGGCCUCGGAGAUCUACAGACAUCUCGGGAUUCAGAUACCCCAGGAAUUCAAAAUGGUUACCUACGACGGUUUAUUGGCCCCGGGAUGGUCGCCGUUGUCGUCGACAGGCGCGAUGGGUCUCGGCCCUGAGGAAGCGUCUCAGCAAAAUCGCAAGAAGCGCACGGUGUCGGUCCAGUCAGUCGACAUGGAAGGCCGGCCUCGUACCAAGCAACACAGCUACACUUUCCAGCCAUUUGAGCCUACAGGAGGAAGGACGAUACGUGACCUUCCAUUUUCUCAUCCCCGUCAACUUGCUGAUAUUCUUCCGACUCUGCGACAGUACGCAUUUGUAGCGAACACCAUCCGCAAUGUUUUCAAUGCUCCCGCGAAGAACGACUACAACGGGAGAGAACCCCAAACACACAGCCCCGGCCAGCUGAGUGAAUUGAAAUUCUCAGGCCUACCCGGCAAGCUCGGCGGAAAGAAUGGGGUGAUUGUCCUGAGCAACAACGACCCCAACGAGAGCAAACUCGAUUGGUUAUUAAGGGGGUCUAAUCAGACGGCGGGCCUCGUGAACACCAGGGCGAAAGACCCCCAGGCGCCAGCCGACUCCGUGGAAGACGCCUUCACUCCGGAGGAUGAAGUGAAAGUGGACGUGACAUUGCGGACCCAACUCGGACAACCGCCCGUCAUUAUGCUUCUUUUCGCCGUUGACGAUACGAGGCCGGAGGCGCCUAUGUCGCCUAUUGGUCGACCCGUCCUGAGCAAGGUCUCUGUCAGCUUGGAAGUCGGCGUCAACGGGCGCAUCUCGGUCGUGGACAUGGCAGGGUUACUGGACGACGAGACCGGCGACGGCAUGGACACACAGGGAGCCGACGGGACCAAGAGCGAAGCCGCCGAACUGCAAAACAAAAUCGCCCGAGUAUUCGAAGUGUCUCAAGACAUUGGCAUUUUGGUCGAAUGGAUCCUACGAUGGUUACGACAGCGAAAUGGUCGGUGA